AUGGGUAUAGAGAAGACAAGACGUCUAGCCAGAGAGUCGGUCUACUGGCCCAACAUCAAUCGCCAUAUUGAUGAACUUGUCAAAGCGUGUUCCUACUGCCAGGAAUCCCAACCCAAACAGCAAAGGGAACCAUUGGAGCCACAUCAAGUACCUUCGACCCCCUGGACCAAACUUGGCACUGAUCUGUUUGAAAUCCACGGAGACAACUAUCUACUGAUAGUUGACUAUCAUUCGAAGUACCCUGUCGUUCACAAGUUGAACAGCACAACCAGUGCAGCAGUUGCUGGCAUCACCUCACACACAUUCAGCCUCCUUGGAGCACCAGCUGAGGUUAUGUCAGACAACGGCCCCCAAUUCGUAGGCAAACACUACGAAGACAUGUGUAACACAUGGGGCAUCAAGAACACAACUUCGUCUCCACGUUAUCCACGUUCAAACGGUUUCGUGGAACGUUCAGUCAGAACCGUCAAGUCAGUGAUCAAGAAAUGCCAGAAGUCUGGACAAAAUGUCGACAUAGCACUCUUGAACCUCCGUGUAACCCCUGUGGACUCCAAACUACCGUCACCAGCUGAAAUUCUCUUCGGCAGACCGAUACAAAUUACCUUGCCAAACAACCACCUGCAAGCAAACCCCCAGAAAGCUGAGACCAGCUAG